AUGAGAAGCAGCGUAGACGCAUGUUCUCCAGGAACCUAUCAAACAUUCAUCAAUAAUUCAUCGGCUACAGCUUGUGUUCCCUGUCCUGAUGGAACUUACAAUCCAACUUUUUGGCAGUCGAGCUGCUACAGAUGUCCUACCGGUUCUUAUUGUCCACAUGGAUCAAACACCACAUAUACCUGCCCUUCAGGAACCUAUCAGCCUAUUCAAGGUAGAGCAUCGUCUCAAUCUUGCCUGAACUGCUUGGCUGGUACUUAUAAUCCAUAUACUGGACAGGCAAGCUGCUCUAUAUGUCCAGUCGGCUUUUAUUGCGCUGUAGAUGGAGCGAACGAUACAAACCCGUGCCCUACAGGAACCUACAAACCAGCUACAGGUAGUACAUCAAAUCAAGCUUGUUUACAGUGUCCUAUUGGGACAUAUAGUUCAAACCACGGAGCAGCUACCUGUUUCAAUUGUCCAAGUGGCUAUUAUUGUGAUACAAUCGGAGCGAACACGACGAAACCAUGUCCUGCAGCAACCUAUCAGCCUAUUUAUGGCGCUCAGUCGGCUUAUGCUUGUUUACAAUGCCCUGCCGGGACCUACAACUCAAACCCUGGGCAGUCAAGCUGCUCUAAUUGCCCAAGUGGCUAUUAUUGUACCGUCGGAGCAACCGCUGCGAGGCCGUGCCCAGCUGGAACCUAUCAACCUAUGACACGAGGUAUCUCCGUUCAGGCAUGUUUGAACUGUCCAUCCGGUACUUAUAAUCCAUACCCUGCACAGUCGAGCUGUAACGUAUGUCCAAGUGGCUAUUACUGUGAUGUACGUACGCCAAACACUACAAAACAGUGCCCUUCAGGAACUUAUCAGCCAAGUUCAGGUAGUGUCUCCGCUCUUGCCUGUAUCAACUGUCCAGCUGGAACUUAUAAUCCAUCUGUUGGGCAGUCAAGCUGCUUGAGUUGUCCUAUUGGCUACUAUUGUCCAAUAAAAUCAAGCGACAUGCAACCCUGUCCUACAGGAACAUUUCAGCCAUCUACUGGUGCUGCCUCUGUUCAAGCUUGUUUGAAAUGUCUCAAUGGCACGUUCAAUCCUUACAUUGGACAACCAAGCUGUCGUACUUGUUCUAGUGGGUACUAUUGUCCAGCUGGCGCAAGCACCAAAGGUCAUGUCCCACCGGAACCUAUCAACCCAUUGAAGCCGAACUGCUUCACUUGUCCUGUUGGAUACUACUGUACAGCUGGGUCAAGCACUACACAAUCUUGCCCUACAGGAACUUAUCAACCAAUUAUGGGUGCCAUGACGGUUCAAGCCUGUUUGACCUGUCCUGUUGGCACUUAUAAUCCAUAUACUGGGCAGUCAAGCUGUUUCAGUUGCCCAGCAGGCUAUUAUUGUGAUGCAAUCGGUGCAAGCAACAUUGAAUCGUGCCCUUCUGGGACUUAUCAACCAAUCACGGGUGCUGACUCAGUUCAUUACUGUUUGAAUUGUCCAAACGGCACCUACAAUACAUACAGUGGACAAUCGAGCUGUAACAACUGCCCUAGUGACAGUUAUAUUUAUUGUGCAACUGGGACAAAUGUAUCAGUACCAUGCCCUUCAGGAACCUACUUCGGCUCCGUCGGCAAUGGAUCGAUGCCAGUUUGUUUGUUAUGUCCUGCUGGCACUUUCAAUCCAUCAUCAGGACAAACGAGCUGUUCGAUGUGUCCUAUUGGCUAUUGUUGCGAUGUUGUUGGAGCAAGCAGUUCUUAA